AUGUUUGGAGCGUUUUUGUCCUCAUAUCAAUCAUAUGUUGGCUAUUCAUACAGUAGUUCGCGACCGCCCUAUAUUCGUGGAGAUGCCUUUCAGUUUUUGAAUGCCAGUCGUGAAUUCCUUGAAUUUGAUCGUACGGAAUAUGUCGUAACCACAAGUCUCCUUAUUCAAGUGGUGUCUCGUCAACUGAAACGUCAAUCAAUAAUUGAAGAGGACAAGUUUAUAUUGGUUUGGAAUUCUGGUUCAAUUUGUCAAAAGCUUCAUAUAAGUCGAGUGAUAGGUCUUUCGGAUCUUCUAGUCCCACUGACAAGCGAAGCAUAUUCCCAGUGA